AUGGGCUGUGCGGAAUCUGCUCCAGAAGACAUUCCAACCAAACCAACGGGUGUUAAAGCAACACAAGUUGCUAGAAGUAGCAGUGUUGAAGUCAAAAUCACAAAUGGUGAAUUCGAAGAGGCAACCUUACGUGUAUUAGUCCUUGGUUCGGGAGAUAGCGGCAAAACAACACUCUGCCGUCAAAUUGAUAACAUCUACACUGGUACUUUCCCAGCUAAAGUUGUCGAAAUAUAUACAAAACAAAUCAGACAGAAUUUAAUCACAGACGUUAAACUCGUUUUACAGGCUCUUGACAAGGCAGGAGUCUAUCUUAGCGAUGAACUCGCAAAAAUAGCACAUUUAAUUCGCUCUACUCCUUCAGAAAGUGACAAUUAUACAUCUGAAAUCGCCUCAGGUAUCGCAAAACUUUGGGCGGAUCAGUCAUUCAAAGAAUCAUUCUAUUCUAUUAAGAAUGACAAUCUUUUCGAGAACGAAGACGUCCUCAUUGCCCAUGCAGAAGAAUUUGCACCGAAUGACUAUAAAGCUACGAACGAACAAGUACUUGAAGCAUGCAUCCCAACAUUCAGCUUCGACAGACACGCCCUCAAAUUCAACCAAUACGAAGUCGAAAUCAUCGAAGUCGGUGGUCAGAAGACUCAGCGCGAGAAUUGGCACAAAUACUACAAGGAUGUUGAUGCAAUCAUAUAUGUUGCAUCAUUAUCCAACUUUGGCCAAGCUUUGCCUAAUGAACCAGGUUCAUCUCAAGCAAACGACUCUCUUACAUUAUUCUCACAAAUUGCAGCAGAUCCAGCAUUCGCAAAGACACCAAUCUGCCUCGUACUCAACAAAUCAGACGUUUUCGCUAAGAAAUUACAAAAGAAUAUUGUUCAAUUCAAAUCUACAUACGCCGGAUUUACAGGAGCAGCAUCAGAUGUCGAUUUAGCUACUAAACAUGUUACAGAAGCCUAUCUCAGGCAAGUUGAUACAGAUCGUCCAGCAGAUGCUUGGAUUAUGACAACUUCUUUAUCAUCUCUUGAUAAAGAGGCCGUAGAGAACAUGAUGAAGAAGUUUGCACCAAAAGUUUAUCCAAUCGCAGAAAAAUCUUCUUCAAAGAAGAAAUGUUUGAAGCCAGAUGAAUCACAGAUCCAGGUAAGACAUAUAUUGAAGGAGCCAUCAGCACCAGCUUCAGACGCUGAAAAUGAAGUAGAACCGGCUCCAUUUACAGAAACGGUUAAAGCGAAAACGGUUAAGGCCAAAGAAGAGCCAAAACCGGAGCCAAAGAAGGAAGAACCGAAACCGCAGCCAAAGAAAGAGGAAAAGAAGGAAGAAAAGAAACAUGAUGCUAAGAAGGCUAAGAAAUCUAGCUCUGACUCUGAUUCUGAAUCAGGUAGCUACUCAUACUAUUCUUAUUCGUCAUCAAAAUGA